AUGGCGUCUGAGCGUAAAACUAAGUUGUCCAAGAAUUUGCUGCGCAUGAAGUUCAUGCAAAGGGGACUGGACUCAGAAACUAAGAAACAACUAGAAGAGGAAGAAAAGAAAAUCAUUAGUGAAGAGCAUUGGUACUUGGAUUUACCAGAGCUUAAAGAGAAAGAGAGUUUCAUAAUAGAAGAGCAGAGUUUCUUGUUAUGUGAAGAUCUUCUCUAUGGAAGAAUGUCAUUCAGAGGAUUUAAUCCUGAGGUUGAGAAAUUAAUGCUUCAGAUGAAUGCUAAGAACAAAGCAGAAGAAGUUGAAGAUGAAACAGUGGAGCUUGAUGUGUCAGAUGAAGAAAUGGCUAGAAGAUAUGAGACCUUGGUGGGGACAAUUGGAAAAAAGUUUGCCAAGAAAAGAGACCGUGCCAAUUAUGAAGAAGAUGAAAACGGAGACAUAAAACCAAUUAAAGCAAAGAAGAUGUUCUUAAAGCCCCAAGAUUAAAAUGUAUGCCUUAAGAUAUGGCUCAGAGAUGCCUUGUGAGAGUUAACAUAUUUUGGAACUGAUUUCAUUGGUUUCUCUAUAGUUAUUAGUAUUGUAAUGUUUAUUUGUAAAGAAAUGUAUAAUUUUGGAAACAUGCUGUUUUUGAAACAGAUGUAUGAUGGAUGUUAUACAUCCUUUGCUUAAUAUGGUAUUCAUCAAGAGUGGAUUUUUAGCCCUUGAUCUUCAAAUGUACAAAGCAAUGUUUGCUUCCUAAAAUUUUUUUUACCCCAGAUUAUUUUUAAAUACAUCUUUUUAAUUGCUGACCUUAAAUUGGCACAUAACUUAUAAUAGUGUUUAAAUUGUCCUUGUGUUUGCAUUUUACUUUAAAUUAUUAAUGUUAAGUCAUUUCAUACAUUUUGGAAUCAAAUGUCGUGAGAAUUUAUUCUACGUAAAUUCAUCAAGAACAAGCAUGCCUCUCUAGCCUAAAAUAUUUGCAUGCAACCAAAUCAGUCAGUUUGUGGAAUUAAGCGGUUUUGUUUAAAGCUUUUCAUUAAUAAGAAAAAAUAAUGUUCUGUAAUAAACAUCUGUUUUCAUAUA